AUGGCUAGCUCAAAGACUGCACUAACAAUGGUGAGAUCACUAGCCCUGGUAGGCGCGAUUAUAGUCUUCGCAUUCGGAAUAUGGAGUCUUGUCAUCAUCCGAGACAUCGACAACCGUGGAGAAAAUGUUCUUGAUUCCUUUCAAACCCGGCUCGUCGGCGACGCCACGUCGUGGUCGCAGUUCAUCGCUGCAGCAGCGCAUGGUGUUGCACGAACAUGGAUCCUGGUAGUCGCCAGUUCGAUAACUACUCUAGCUAUUCUCCUGGUGACCAUGUCGAACCGACACUACUGGCUACGCAUACCGUCAGCCAUCGUCGUUUUUGUCGAGUUUACAGCCACCAUAUCCUCGAUAGCAAUAUCUAGCUGCUCCUUAAGUGUCGCCCUAAGCAUCAGGGCAUUCAGUACACCACCCUACGUCACGCUAGACUCGGCCGACUUAGCCUUCUUUGCUCUUCUCGACCCACUGAGCAGAACGUUGGCCAUUACAUCUGCUCUCACGAGCGCAUUCCUCAUCAUAACCUGCACAGGAGGUCUUAUCAGCCUCCACAAGCGUCACAGACAGAAGAAAGACGUCCGCUCCUUCGAGCCUACAAUCUCAGCUCUAGGCAUGAACCGCGGCUUCUACGCUGUGUACCCGCCACCAAAUCCAACGCACGAUGCGAUACCCACCAUGUACGACCCCUACCGAGCCUUUCGCAAGGAGCCGAGAGGACCGCCGAACGCAAAACAGGUGGCUUUCACAAGCGAAGGGGCCUGGAUGAGUCGCAAGCAUUCGCGAUGGAGUGCGUCAACUACAAGUCCGUCCGGGACCGAGGGAGAUACAAUGCGGCUGCUAGAGCUGAAGAGAGCAAGACGGGCGGUACCGGUGCGGCCCGAAAGGCCUUGGAGUAAAUCGUGGAGUGGCAGGGAAGGCACUCACGCUGUCUUGUGA